CGCCUGUCUCCCAAAGAACUGGAUAGCUGCUGCUCCGCGCGUUUUAUUUUAAUUCCAAUUAAACUGCCGAUGCAAAAAAGCCAAGAGGAGACAAGUCCCCUUCACUUCGCCCUCGGCAUCAUCGACAGAGAGUCAGCAGCAGCAGCAGCAGCAGCAGCAGCAGAGCAGCAGCGGCAGCAGCAGCAGAGCAGCAGCAGCAGCAGCAGCACGGUAGCAGCAGCAAAGCGGAGGAGACGUUGCGCGGAGAGAAUAGCGGCAGACGAAGAAUGCCUCAGGGCCGACCGCUGCUGCUUCUACCUUGGAGUGGCAGCUGAGCAUACACUCCAACGGCCGCGGACAGCCCAGGCAAUAUGUGGUCUCUCGCCAAGUCCCGGAGGGCUGCUGAUGCUGAAUAAUGCAGCGGCGAUUGCUGAAGGGAGGGGCCCGCAGCACGCCAUAGGGACGAGAAAAGAAUUGGCAGAAACCCUCUGGCUGGAGUUGAUGCUGAACAAAUCGCGGACAGAGCUCUACAGCGAUGAAGGGGAGGACAUAGACUAA